AUCCAUAGAUAUAAAGCGCCACUUUCGCCACACUUCGGAGGCACGAAAAAUAGUGUUUUUCAUGCAUGAGUUACACAAAUAUAUGUAUAUGAUAUACAUCUAUAUAUAAAAAAAAUCUUGAUUGCUUAUAUGGAUACUACGCACAAUCAGUUACGUGAUAAGAGAAAAAGGAAUUUGCUUGAGACAGUUACAUAACACAGUGGGUUAGCUAAGUGAUAUGAGGACAAUGUUACAAUACUUCAGAACUAUAAACAGCUUGACAGGAUAUUCUGUCAAGAAGAAAUAUAGUAAUCAGAGACCAGCUCAAAAGAGUAGCAACACAAAUGUAUUUACUGGCCAAAAGACGGAAUCCAGUCAAACGACAUGGGACCCAUCCAAUAUAUUCCACUGUUCUGCGGAUCACAAAUAUGCUGUUGUUAUACUAAAUCGUCCUAUACGGUGGAAACAGGAAUUGUUAUUACAGAUAUGGAAAAAUGCGAAGAUAAGAGUUACAGUAGAUGGAGGUACCAACAGAUGGAUCACAUUCCUUGGACAACAGGGUGAAAGUGUAUUGAGUGGAAAGUGUAAAGAAUAUAUGCCAGAUAUCAUAACUGGUGAUUUUGACAGCAUUUGUCCUCAAAUAUUGGAAAAACUUAAAAGUAAUGGUGCUAUGGUUAUUAAUACCCCGGAUCAAAAUGAUACUGAUUACACUAAAGCUCUUAUGCAGCUUGGAGCUUACAGCAAGAACCAAAAUAUACAACUUGAUGGUGUGUAUGUAUUUGCUGACACAUCUGGAAGAAUUGAUCAUAUAGUUGCAAACAUCAACACACUGUACAAAAGUAAUCACUUAUUAGGCAAUAUUAAGGUAAUAAAUGUGGCUAGCAAUUCAUUAACAUGGCUGUUACAACCUGGAAAGCACAAAAUAAUUAUUCCUAAUGACUUGGUCGAGCAUAGCAGUUGGUGCAGUCUUCUACCGUUUGGUACUCCUGUCAACUGUAUAAGUACAAGAGGUUUAAAAUGGGACUUAGAAAAUUCAACUAUGGAAUUUGGUGGGCUUAUAAGUUCAUCAAAUACAUACAACGGAUAUCCUGAGGUAACAGUAACCACAGAUACAGCUACAAUAUGGACAAUGGGAAUAGAACCACUCGUUAAAACGGUAGUUGAUGAUUAAUAGUCCUGGGACAGCUAAUUGAGCUAUAUGUAUAAAAUACUUAGGACUUGAGAAUUUAAUCUCAAUUAGUUGUCCAGAUAUAUGUAGCACGCGUACCUGGUUCUUGAAUUUGCUAUGUAUUCCUUCUAUAGUAAUAUUAUAAAUAUAUAUUCAGGCAUGUAUUUAUGUCAUGGAUUAGAUCAAGAGUAAGAAUAGUCAUAUAUUUAUAUGUGAUUAGUUAUCCAACACUUCUCACUAUAUCAUGAUUACUAUGUUAUAAAGGUACAAACAUCAAGCAUAAUAAAAAAUGUAUAAAGAUCUUGAUAUAAUCUACCGUUAUGAAUUCCAAAUCAAUUUUUGCAAACCAUUUUGGUGCAUCUUUAUUGAUAGCUACUAUGAGUAAUUUUUCAUUGAUACUGUAUAGUAUAGCUUUAUUGUUUUUUUCUGAUCGUAACAUAUAAAUAUAUUGAACGUACAAAAAAAUAAGUGUAUCAAAACAUGUCACAAGCAAAACACAUCACGGCAAUGUACUUCAAAGUCUCCUCAAUACAGUAUGUACAAGUAUAGAAUUAAUUAUUUUUGUUAAAUAUAUAAUUGAAUUUCA